UUAAGAGCCUCCCGCGCCCCUCACUCCGCCCCCUCCCAGGUCUCUGGGCUCAUCAGCGCUUCCCGAGAACCAUGGUUGGUCCAGGCAGGCAAUCGGAGCACCUCCCGGAGCCGCGGCGAACCGGGGGUGGGGUGGGGUGGGGUGGGGUGGAGUGGGGGGGUCUGUUUGUAGUACUCGCAGUCCUGAUGUCACAGGCGCGGCAAGGACAUCGCAAGGAGGAGUCGGAUUACAGUAAGGAUGGGCAGUGCAGCAGGCAGCCCGAGCGCACGCUCCAGCCGCCGGGGAUCGUAGCCCGGGAGAGGCAGCCCGCGAGGCGCUCAUCCGGCGGAGGAGGCACGCUCGGCGCCCGCUGCUCUCCGCCGGGGACCUUCCCACCGCAUGUAGCAUGAAACGGCUUUGCUCUGCGUGUCAGCCCGGGGUGCGAGCUGAUGCCGAAGACGCCGCGGUGGGGUUCCAGCUGUCUGAUUAAUGAGAAACAUAAUGUAUUUUGGUGGUACGUGCCAGAGCCCUGCUCUCCCAGCCCUGGUCCGCCCACCAGCCCCUCCUCUGCAACCAUCGCUGGACAUUAAACCGUUUCUUCCCUUUCCUCUUGACACUGCGGCCGCAGUCAACCUCUUCCCCAAUUUUAAUGCGAUGGACCCGAUUCAGAAAGCGGUAAUAAAUCAUACUUUCGGGGUUCCUCUUCCUCAUCGAAGAAAGCAAAUCAUAUCAUGCAACAUUUGCCAGUUGAGAUUUAAUUCUGAUAGCCAGGCUGCGGCCCACUACAAAGGCACGAAACAUGCCAAGAAGCUCAAAGCACUGGAAGCCAUGAAAAAUAAGCAGAAAUCUGUCACUGCCAAGGACAGCGUAAAGACUGCCUUCACCUCCAUCACUACCAAUACCAUCAAUACCAGCUCUGACAAAACAGACAGCACCACAGGGACACCAGCAAUAUCGACGACAACUGUGGAAGUCCGCAAAAGCAGUGUUAUGACAACUGAGAUCACCUCCAAAGUGGAGAAAAGCCCCACGACAGCCCCCGGCAAUAACUCGUGUCCUUCCGCGGAGACCGAGGAAGAAAAGGCGAAACGGCUCCUCUACUGUUCGCUAUGCAAGGUCGCCGUCAACUCCGCGUCUCAGCUGGAGGCGCACAACAGCGGUACUAAGCACAAAACCAUGCUAGAAGCCCGGAACGGAAGCGGGACGAUCAAAGCCUUCCCUCGUGCGGGUGUGAAAGGCAAAGGACCAGUUAGUAAGGGGAACACAGGCCUGCAGAAUAAAACGUUUCACUGUGAAAUCUGUGAUGUGCACGUCAACUCGGAAACACAACUUAAACAGCACAUUAGCAGUAGAAGACACAAAGACAGAGCUGCUGGGAAGCCCCCGAAACCCAAAUACAGUCCUUACAACAAACUGCAGAAAGCAGCACAUCCGCUGGGGGUCAAAUUAGUAUUUUCAAAAGAACCUUCCAAGCCAUUGGCUCCGCGAAUCCUCCCGAACCCGCUGGCCGCAGCGGCGGCGGCGGCGGCGGUGGCCGUGAGCGCCCCCUUCAGUCUGCGAACUGCUCCUGCAGCCACGCUCUUCCAGACGUCGGCCCUGCCGCCCGCGCUGCUGCGCCCGGCGCCCGGGCCCAUUCGGACCGCCCACACCCCCGUGCUGUUCGCUCCCUACUGAGUUCCACGCGGGCGUCCUUGUACUGCAAUAAUUUUUUUUCCAAAAAACACACAACAGAACAAACAAAAGAGAACUAUGCAGUGUUUAUUUAUAGUUUAAAGUAUCUCUGAAGAGCCAGGACUUUUGAUAGUGAAUUGAAAAGAUGAUUAAAACAGAAAAGAGAAAAAAAAAAAAGGAGGGAGACUUGGGGGGCGGGCGGGAGGGCGGGCUGGCAUUUUCUCCAAAUUAAAGAAGCAUUCCUCUGGAACCUUCCUUGAGUGUGUUAGAAGUGAUCUCCAGCAUUGACUCGUAGUGGUGUCUAGAAAUUUCUGAAGCCUUUGUGACUGUGCUUUUGGGCACUCGUUCCCCCUGCAUUGUAUUUCCUGCUUUAUGAGACAACUAUACAUUGUCUAAGGGCAUUAACUGGUUCCAAUGUGUAUAUAAUAAUUUACUCUGUAGAUUAAAAUAAUACAGAAAAAAAAAGGAAAAAACAAAAAACAGAAGCAACACUGUGAAUAGUAGAGCCCGUGCUGGUCCUCUUGCUCUGACAGCAGUUACUGGGUAUUUAUCCCAACAAAAGUAGAUACAGUAGAUGUCUUGUAAAACAGUAGUGCUGUGUCUCAAUCUAUGCCACUAGGUUUUAAAGAAUUGCAAAAGUUAGGAUGAACAGCUGUGUCAUGCCAGUAAGCAGUCAAAAGACGAACGACACCUGAUGGUGUGGUGAAGGUCCCCGGUCCACGUUAUCCCCUCCUUCCCAGCUUGGAGAUGACUGUAAGUUCAGAACAAAAGAACAGGGCGAGGCGUAGAGGUGGGAGAGAGGUCAGUAAAACUGGUUGGUUUCCUACAAAGUACAUUUCCCCCAACCCUGAAACAGUGUUGCUGGAAAUAGGGAAGUGUUUGUGAAGAAUCUAUAGAUGAAAACAGGUAAACUGGGGCAUCAUGGGUGUGCAGAAGGAAAUCCGUACAACCGUUCUGUUUCACGGGAAAGGGGCGUUCCUAACCUAGCAUGAGAAUGCAAAGUAAAGAUUUUUUUCCAUGUUAGUGCAUAACCGAUACAAACACAGAACAUUGCAUCUCUACAGUAUCCCCUUUAUAUCAUACCAGUAGGGUUGUCUCUUAGGCAAAGGUUUCUGCUUUGAAUAGGAUGGUAGACAUUAGCUCUCGUGGGGCUUUUUUGUUGUUGUUGUUUUUAUAGAUUUCCUACUGACAUGAUAUAAACAAUUAAUAUAUAUUUAAAUGUUAGUGAAACAAGAAAAAUGAGCCUGAAUUCAUUGCAGACCAAGGCUAUAGAAUUAAAAAAAUAUAUACUGGGAAGAUGCACUCGACCAUCAUUUCUCUAGUGGAGUUGUGAAAUCCUGACAGCCUUCGAUACUUACCAUAAGGCUGGAAAGGAGUUGAUGUUUCACCUUUAAAACAAGAUUUAUCAGGGGUAUAUAUAAAUAUAUGUAUAUUGUAUAUAUGUUAGAAAGAUUAAGAGAAUAACUUAUAAAAAAGAAAAUCUAUAUAAAAUAAUUAUAUAACCAUCCCAUGUUACAUGUUAUCAUUAAGUUGGUAACAAAUGGCAUAAAAAUAGCUGUGCCUUUAAUUUGUGAUAAAGGCUAUUUGCUUUUUUUCCCGUAGAAAGCUAACACGUACCUGUCCCUAUGGCGGGGUUCAAUGCAGCCAGCCUGUUGCGUUAAUAAGAACAAUGACAUUCAAACUUAGAACAAGGAUAAGACAUGUACGAAUCCACUCUAUCAGAUUUAGGUUUAGAGAGAAAAAAAAUAUUUUUGAAAAGGUUUUUGUAAAGACUAUUUAAAAAUCUAGGGAAAGGCUAAGUAUGGCCUUCCUGAAACCUGCUCUUAGCUAAAUUGUAGUCAGCUUGGGAGAGGUCUCAAGAUUCAAGAUGAAACCAUUUGAGAGAUGGGUAUUUAGCAUUUGUCGUUUUAUAUUUAAGAAACACCCAUAACGUGCUUGGUGCUCAACAUUACACAUGGUCUCUGGAGUUCUUCUCUGUCAUCUAGCUAAAGACGUUUGUCAUAUAAACGUACCUUUAAAGCAGUUGACUUUAUGUAUCUUUUGUUAAACAAGCAACCAAAACAGAAAAGGAAGGAAGGAAGGAAGGAGUGAGGAGGGCAGGCAGGAAGGAAAAGAAAAGUGCUCCAUCAGUCUUUUGUAAAAGGGAUUUCAAACCACGUAGGUUAAACACGUAGGUUAAAAUUGGAAUUUGUUUUUGAGAGUAUUUUGCCUUUGUCAGUAUCUCUACCCUCUGGUCUCAGCAAGCGCUUCCUUUUCCCACCACUCUCAGACUCUGCCGGCUCAGCCAGUUAGAGAGUCCACAAGUCUGUUGUCUGGGGCUGUGUCCCUGUUCCCCACGUGACCAGCUUCUGACCAUCUGAACUUCCAUUUUCUUUUUCUGCCACAUCAGAUAUUUUCAUCCGUUCACUCUUAAGUCAGCCUGAAUCCCUGUCCAACAAACUUGACAGCUCUAAAACCUCUCUUUCUGCUGGAGGACGUAAUGUUAAUGGAUGCAGUCUUACUACAAUGUACUUCCACUGUUCUUCCCCAUUUCCACCAAAGUGAAUGAGCCAGGCCACCAGCGGUCAGGACCUGUGGGCUACGAGAGUCCUGGAUCACAAGGUGUUAUUAACUUUCAUGAUUUGCUGGGAACAAACAAAUCAGCCAUAUUUUUUCCAUCAGCCAUAUGAGAAACCUCAGAAGUACCUGAGUCCCUUCUGCCUCACUUCACUAUGGAACCAUUUUUGUUUAAAUGGUCGCUAACAUUGGAGUUGUAACCAUCAGUUGUCUCUUACUCACUACCUAAUAAAGGAUGAAGCCUAACCACAGAA